CUGAGGGAGGCCACCAAUCUGGUCCCCAAAAUGAGCACUCCAAAGCUUACGGCUGCACUGAAAGAAUCUUCAAUUUUGCAGCAGCGCAUCACUGACACACUGUCAUCAAGGUUUGGGCAGAUUGCUUUGUUUUUUCUAUUUAACAGAUUGCGUCAAGAGCAAUGCACCGGCACAGCUAUACCAGCCAAGAGUUUUGGUGUUCAAGGUGCUCAAUCAUUCGUUGGGGCCCCUUUGAUAUCCGAGGAACUUGUAUCUGAUAAUCCAUUCUUGUCAUCUGGUGAAGCGUUCCCCAGUCGCACCGUUACUUCGGCAGGCUAUGCUGCGAUUCCUUUUUUCCCCCAGCUUAAUCAGUUUGCUGUUAGUCAGCGGGCAGCAACGCUAGUGACAAUAACUAGUCCACACGGUGGCACUACAACUGGUGCCGUAGUAGGCACGUUAGGGCCACCACCGUCACAAGUCACUCCCAUCGCUCCUGUCUCCACUGCACAACCAGUCAUUUUGCCCCUGCAAACUACCCCUCAGUCCUCCGAUCCAGCUGCCUUACAGUCGUCACCGCCGCCGACGUCCUCAAAACCUGAUGGUUCGUGUGACCCCUGUCCUCCACUCAUAACUACAACCGCUGGUGCCGUGUCUGCUUCUUCCGCGUGUGGCCCCAAUGGGCACAUUAUUACUGCUAGUGGCCUCGAAUGCGUUGAUAUGAAGCCGGACCCAGUGGCAUGUUUGUCCCGAGUGAGCGCUGAUGAACCUCCCGCUAUCUUUGCCACCCACUCCACCACUAGCAACGUAUCUGGAGAGUUUGGUGCUUCUACCAACACUCAACUCAAUUUCCUCUCUGCCACAGCUUCUGCAGCUCCCGUUGAGUCCCUGCCUUCCUCACCACCCGUCUCUACCACGACCUCCUCUGACAGCGUCGUUGUCCCUAUCACCGCUGCAUCUGUAGCUGCCACCGCUCCCUCGACGACAGCAGUAGUAGCGACGACACCUGCAACUGUAGUAGUAAUGAAGACGACUUCUGGAAAUGAAGGUGAUAGUGGUGGUGGUGGUGGUGGUGGGCCUACUGGUGGUGGCCCCUAUCAGUGCAUGCAUUGUGGCAAAGAAUUUAGGGUUCUGCGCUACUUGGAGAAGCACAAGCGGAUUCAUACGGGAGAAAAGCCUUAUCAGUGCUGUUUUUGCGGCCGCCUCUUCAAUGACUGGCCCAAUAUGAAUCGUCAUAAACGCAUCCAUACUGGUGAGCGUCCGUACAGAUGCUCGGUGUGCACAAAGACCUUUUCCCAGCCUGCCGUCUACAACGAGCAUGUGAAGCGUCACACGGGGGAGCGACCUUAUGUGUGCACGGUAUGCUCUAAGGGCUUCCCUCGUGCUGCCCGUCUAGUCGUCCAUAUGCGCGUACACACCGGUGAGAAGCCCUACCGCUGCCACGUGUGCGAUCGUCGAUUCAGCCAGCCUCACCAUCUCUCUACUCAUAUUCGCAUUCAUUCUGAGGAUCGCCCCUUCCGCUUUUCGCUUCGCGACGGCACAGCGAGUGGUUCAGCAAACUCGCGACGCCAUCGAAGGCAGGCAAAUCACCCGACCGAUCCCAUUGUCCCCGCAGCAGCAGCUGCUACUCCCUCUCAGGGAACCCGAGUCAAGCAUCUUAGUGAUCCCAGUGCCACUGAAGCAUCGCCUACUGGCGGUCAAAGGAAGAUUCUCGCCGCAGAUGCAGGUGGAAGUGCUGGAAACGAUGACAGUAGCGGUGUCUGCUCCGGUGAAUCAGCGGUCCAUCCCGAAUCAAGCGAGUCUCUCCUCUCCCAAGACGGUGAACUUCAGGCAUCUACGGGUUCAUCGUUGGAGGCGUCUCGCGACGCUGGUGGAGGGGAAGGAGUAAGCCUACCCACCUCAACACCUCUUUCGGCGUCUGCUGUCACUGUGGGAUCGCCGGGUACUGCAGAGGCCACCAGGGCGACUCCUACUCCAAAUCCUGCUGUUGCUGUAACUGCUGCAGGUCUUAAUGUCUCCGAAGAUUUCUGCUCUCAACCUCCGCCGUCCAUUUUUGAUGCGAAUGGAACCAUCUACAUCAGCACGGUGGACGGAACAGCUGCAAUUUCGGGCGGCGGGACUACAGCUCUUGUACCAGCAACCACGACAAUUACUUCCACUCUGCCGCAGAUCCAGAUUCACCCGCAGGCACAGUCGGCAACUGCAGCUUUCGCCACAACGGCUGCUGCCUUUUCUGGCGACCCUCAUCAACUGCAACCUCAAGCCCCCAUCCAAAUCUGCUACUCUACCUCCCCAGCCGCCACCGCCAGCCCUAAUACUGCCGACCCUACGACAAUCAUUCUGCCCUCUUCCUCCAAACCUCAGAUGUUUGGUCCAAUGCUGGUGCCAAUUGGCACUGCGUCAGCUCCCACACCUCUCUCCCCACCUCCGUCACUUACUCCCGCUUUCCCGUACGCCACCACUGCCGCCGCCGCUGUCAACCCCCCAGCUGCAUUCCAGACGACGCACACGCUGCCUUCACAGGCAGGGGUAACCAAAGCCGAGGCUGUGACCUCGACAAACGCUUCAUUGGAGGCCUCCACCAUUACCGCUGAUGUGUAG